UUUCAAUCUCGUCGCCAGCCAGGCGAGCCUCGCCGGCCUCAUGCAUAACUUCCCCAACAGCCUCGCGCAGCCCCUCUUUCAGGCUCUCCAGUCCCUCUACAAGGAAAUCGAAUCCGACAGCGACAACCCAAGCACAUGGACAGUUUUUAUCGCCUCGGCGGUGGACGUCCUCCAGUGCCUCGCAGUAUACGAUGAAGACCUUGCCUCGCUGCCCCAGCAGAUCGAGCGACUCCACUCCUUCCUCAAUAGCACACAACGCUACUACCACGACGAGGUUGCGACUCGCCUCCAGGUCGAGCGCAUUUUCCGGUGCCAGAGGCUGCGUCAGCAGGCCGAAACCCGCUGCAGAGAGCUCGGCUCCCUCUGGCAGAUCAUUGCCCAUGAGCUCAACAUUGUCACCGUCACGGGCCUGGACGACGACAGCCUCGCCAAGGCCCUCCAGAGCGAUAAAAACUCACAACAACUGAGACUCUCCAAGAUCAAAACCAAUCUCCAGACAGGCAGUGUUGAUGCCCUCGUUCUCGCCGGCAUCGACCCUGACAAAAUGUCCGAGUGGAAGGUUCGUCAGGCCACCGAGGUCCUCUAUUGGAUGGUUGCUGACGUUUCCCGUACCGACCAGUACCUCGUCACCAUGCUACAGUCGCUGCUGGCUCUCCUCAAGUCCAAGUCCAGGGCUGCCCAUUCGAUGAAAAACGAAACCUGGCGGAUACCGUCCAACCUGAUCACGGACUGGUCGCCACAGCCGAUUGCCAGCGGCGGCUUUGGUGAGGUCUAUCGAGCGAGCUACUUUGGCACUGAUGUCGCCGUCAAGAAGCUCCUGGCCAGCUAUCCGGAAAGGGAAAUGGUCCAGUUUCGCAGCGAGAUCGCCAUUUGGGCCACCCUGAACCACCCGCACAUUCUGACGCUGCUCGGGGCCUGCGACACGAUCGAGAAGCCCUUCAUGGCCUCGCCGUUCAUGCCGAACGGGACGCUCCACAAAUACGUCAGCCAUCCGCACUGGACGCCGCCGCAGGGCGAGGUUGUGCGGAUCCUGUAUGAAGUUGCUUCCGGGAUGGCCUAUCUCCACAACAAGGGCAUCGUCCACAGCGACCUCAAGUCCCUGAAUAUUCUCCUCGAUGCCGGCUACCGUGCAGUCAUCUCGGACUUUGGCAUGUCCCAUACCAAGGUUACUUCGAGCAUGGCUGCUGCCAACAGGGUUGGUGGAACCUGUGACUACAUGGCUCCCGAGCUCCUGGACUACAACCCCUGCCAAACCAACUUCAAGACCGACGUGUUUGCCUUUGGCAUCACCUUCUACGAGACCUUUGCCAAGGGCCAAGCAUGGACAACAAACACAGGGACUCCCAUGGAUACUCGGGCUGUUACCUCCCAUAUCCUGCAUCAAAUACGUCCGCGCAAGAGAGACGACAUUCCCGAGAAUAUAUGGUGCCUGAUCACGCAGUACUGGCACCAGGAACCCGCAGAACGGCCGAAAUUUACCGACAUCAUCGCCCAGCUCAAGCCGCUCAAGGGGCCGGUCAUGACCAGUGUCCCGGCUCGCCCGAGCUCAUCUAUGGACGUCUAUUUUGACCCAUGCAAUCAAGAAUAUGGGCAUUCCCCUGUACCACCCGUGGCAAUAGUAGCCCACAACAGUCGCUAUCCUGAGCAAGCCUACGCACCAGGCCCAGUCGCCGAAAUCAUGCCGGUUGUAGUUAGUGAGACGCCGGAUUUGCCUCGGCUUGCCGACCUGGAACCCAUUCCCGGGCCCACAGCCGAAACCAGGACCGAACCCGUGGCUGAACUUACUGUUGAACCUCCUGCUGAACGUGCGGUUGAGCUUCCUGCUGAACCCAAGGUCGAGUCUGUGGAUGAGCCCCCUGCCGAGCUAAAUGUCGAUCCCAAGGUCGAGUCUGUGGAUGAGCCUCUUGUCGAGCUAAAUGUCGAACUUCCUGCCGAACCCAAUUUUGAUCACAAGAUCGAGACCAAGCCCAAGACUGUGCCCGCGACUGAGCCAGUGACCGAAUCCCUUAUUGGUCUCGCCACCUCGCCCGUGACUGGAUCGAGUGCCGAAUCCCCCGUUCAGUCAAAUGUUCAGUCCAGCACUGAAUCAAGGACGAAGCUCCAAAUCGAUUCCACAACUAGACCCUCGCCGACAGAAAACAGUGCUGCCCUGGCUCGCCUCUCCAUCGGUGACUUUGCUGCGCUGAGAACGCCAUGUUCGGCUCUCUACAGCAUGCUUCGCUCCUGUCCCAACUCAAGCCACUAUCUUGAGGCCGUGAAUGCCUUUGUUGCCAAACUCCAGCCCACAAGUCGGCAAGAGUGGGAAGGUGCCGCCGCGACUUACCGAAAACUUGCCGAGGCGGGCGUGCUCGAAGCUCGUUUCCACCAAGGGUGGCUCUACUUUAUCGGUCUUGGUGUGAACAAGCAAGAGAGCUUUGCAAUCACCUACUGGCAGGAGCUUUACCAAAAGAUCCCAGACGGAAGCUCGCCUUUGAAACGACUGACUGGACUGCUGCUGCAUUGGUGCUACGGCAUCGGUCGGGGCGUGAAGCAAGAUUGGGAGCGACAUCAAAGCUACCCCUCGAGCGACUGCGAACGCUCCACCCUCUACGUGCGAUUCUACCGCUGGUGCAGCCUUGGUGCCGAAAUGGAUCCGUUCUGCAAAUUCCUCAAGGCCGAGUGCUUCCGACGGGGCAUCGGGAUCAAGGUCGAGCUCGACCGCGCCUUUGCUCUCUAUCUGGAACUCGCUCAGAACGACUACGAUAUGGCUAUGGUCCAGGUUGGCGAGUUUUACUACCGCGGCCAGUGCUGCAAGAAGAAUACUACCACGGCCGUGAGCUGGUUCCGCAAGGCAACCGCGAAAGGAAACGCCGUAGCCCAGUAUAAGUUGGCCGCCUGUUACCAAGAGGGGAAAGGUGUUCUCCGAAGCCAACUCAAGCACGCCGUCGAGCUCUAUGGCCGAUCGGCAAGCCAGGGUUACGAGCCGGCCAUCGAUGCUCUCCGCAAGAUCAACGGCGACCAAAGAGCCGCAUAACUGGCAGAUAGUCUGAGGAAUACAAGGCACAGAGCGCCUCGCCUUUCUAUGAUCGUGUACUGUAUGCAUCACUCCUCAUCCAGAAGACCGAAGUUGGUCCAAAACCAAUAAAAUAUAUAGCC